AUGAAUACUUUACUUAAGAUUCAGUUGCUGAGAGGUAGUACAUACGAAGAAAAAAUUGCCCGACCACAUUUGAAAGAAGUAUCGAAUUGCAUUAAUUUACCAGAUGCUUAUUUAUUAAAAGCUUGUGGUGUGAAUAGAUUUUUGUUUCACAAGCUUUUGAGAAUUUUAGAACCUGUUGUACCCAAAACGCAGCGAUCAAAUGGUAUUCCAUUUACGUUAAAGUGGUUCACAUCAGAAGUCAAUUGGUAA